AUGGCGAACCAAGACAACCAAUUCUUCGCAGAAGAGGCAGCCAGGACCUUCGGCGUCUCGCCAAGCUACUUCAGAGGCUACCAGGUCGAGCCUGAGCAACAAGAGCAGCCCUUCCAAUGGGGAAAUGCAGUAGGAGAUCCCGACCCAACGCUCACCCCGAUGCCUGCAGUUUCCGGACACAGCACAGCUUGGACAGCUCCCGUCGAGGGCGUCAACAACAAUGUGCUGCUUUCUCCGUUCCAGCCGCAGCGUUACCGCCGUGUUUCUAGUGAGCUGUCGAGCAUCGCAGUGGCAAUGCCUUCCCAGACGUCGUUCAUGGGUUUGUCUGGUCCCUCAGCAACCACCGCCGCAAACACCACAUCCGAACCUCACACGUUCGCACUGCAACGCACGACCGAAGAACAAGCUUCAUACAAUGAUCUCCUUGGCGAAGAAUCCCUACGUCAGCCCUCGUGGGGCAGGACGCUUGCAUCCAGCAACGAGGCUCAGUCGAACAUGGCAACGCCCUUCGGCUUGCCGGCAAUGAACUGGUCACCUCAGUUCUUCCCUCCUUCGACCAUCCCUUCACCUGAGAUGUUUACCAACACCUUCCCGACCCUGGAAACCACGGCGCCGGGCAACAUCUUCCCGGCUCAGUCACCGACGGACGACGACGAAGCAGGCCACGACGGAACAAACCUCGACGAAGCAGAUCACGAAGAGGCAAACUACGACGGCACAAACUACGAGGACGCAACUGACGACGAACCCAGCCACGACGAGCCUAUAACCGUUCCUCUGAAGCACAAGCAGCCCCCCACCAACCCGCCUCCGUACAGGAGCUUCAAGAAGCCCAAGAUCGUCGCACCGCCAGAGCCACAAGUCGAACGGAACUCCGGCAUGACGUUCGCCUCACCUGCAGACCAGUCGAAGGCGAAGUCUCGUCACAGGCGCGCCAGCGUCAGCUACAGCGGCGGCUCGCCCACUGAGGCAGACAGGCGCACUAUGAACUCCCUGCGCUGCAACCGCACGCCUCUCACCGCGCUCCUACGCCGCUACGCCGUCCUCAUCAUCACCUACCCGCAGCACCCGGCCCGCCGCACCGUCGCGCUCCGCAACGAGAGGCUCGCCGAGUCCUCGACCCUUUCUGCCUAUCCCACCGCCGCCGAUGCCCUGUCCCAGAAAAUCUCGCGCCAGAUGGCUGUCUUCGGCGCCCUUGACGAGGAACGUCGCAUGGUGCGCCGCCAGCGGGCCGGUGUCGACGGCGCCCUGGACCGCGAGAUGUUCGUGCGCAAGGCGCUGUCCCAUGGCUGGAUCGAGAUCAUUGGCAGGGAGAGGAUUGAGGGAUACGACAAGGGUAUUGGACGCAUGGACGAGGAGGUCGUGCUGAGGGGCUCUAAGGAGAAUGAGGAGGGCGAAGUCGGAAUUGACUUCUUUACGGUUGGCAAGGGAAAGCAGAUGGUGGAGAGUGUUGAGGAGGACGACACUGAUACUGAGGAUGAAGAUACUGAUGAUGAUGAUGACGGCGGUGCUGAGCAAGAACAGGGAGCGGAAGAAGACGCUGAUGGAGAGGAGGAUGAUGAGGUUCCCGAGGAGGGAGACGAGGCCGUUGAGGCUACGCAGCCUAACAACGAGCAGGAAGAGUAUGAGUCUGAGGAGAGUUCGAGCGAGUGGAGCGACUACAACUAA